CUCAUUUUCGACACACAUGUCUGCUGUAAACAUGGAACUGCAGCAUGAUCGCGUCUAGCUUGCUGUCAAACUAUUCGUCUAGUGAAAUAAGAAAAUAAGAGUGAAACAAACGUGGUUGAAGAAGAACGUAUAGUACUCAUAUUGAUCACUGCUGCAGACGUCUAUUCCUACAUAACCCUCCCAAAUCGGCGCAACUCAAAUGCACAUGAGCAGAAAUGGAGUGACUGGGAAGUGGAGUCCCCAUCCAACGUGGACGAGAAGACUAUAACGUUGAAGUUCUGGACAUGACAUAAGAGUUGUAUCUGCAACGCUACUGCACUCUCCUUCAGCCUGCCAUGAAACCAGUAGACGACAAUGGGAUAUGCUAUGGCCUAAGCAGGUACAAGGUCCGGACCAAGAGAGGAACUGAUGAUGAAGCUUUCACGAUCCCCAACAACAUCAUGCUGGGGCCACACAGUGGCAGAAUCUUCUACCCAGGACAGACCACCCGCUGCUAUGUCUGUAAUGCCAUGGACCACCAGGUGAAGGAUUGCAAGACUGUUACGUGCUGGAGAUGCAGUGAGUUCACAAGUCCAGAGAGUGCACGAGUGAAAGCAAGGUGAUGGGCACACCUACUUCAACUGUCCACAAGCCUACAACAACAGAGCAAAGAACGGUGGAAUGGGAGCAGAACCUGAAGCGCAACAACCAACACAGCCAGCAGAUGAGCCUGAAGAGCCCCAUAUCCCACAGCACAUCCCCAAACAACAUGAGCAGCAGAGAGGUGAGGAAGAGGAGGACAAGGGAGCAGAGAGGUGAAGAGGAGAAGCAUCACAAACCCGAGAGCAACAACCACACCUACAGCCAGUCUUGCAGUCGGUCUGACAGCACACCAGAGAGCAGGAAUGACGAGGAGAACGAUGACAGUUUCGAGUCUGCCAGUGAAGAGCCAUCCCAAGACUCUUCCCUCCCUGAUGACACAGGUCCUGCAGCAGUCUGGUCCACUCAAAUGGAGGCUCAUGAUGACGAUCCACCAAACCUUGCCAGUACUCCGGCCGCCUCCCACCUCCCUAGUGGCUACCCUCCUCUGCCCCCAGACACCUCCAGCUCCAUCGAAGGUACCCAUCCAUCAAAGAGUGCUGUGACGGUGAUGGAAGAGGAGGUGUCUCUGAGAGUGCUGCCGAUGGACCCAGCUGACAGGGGCACCCAGAGGGUCAGACUGGGCCCAGGGCUGAUGUCCUCCCUGGGGUUGGCGCUGGGCUCUCCUGUUCUGGUGGCUCUGUCUGGAGGAUCCUGUCUCUGUACUGCCUGGCCCAGGCCUGACCUAGCUGACGGAUUCAUACAGAUAGACAUGAAAUGUUGCUCUCCAAAUCUUAUCUUAAACAAAGCUACACCCACACACCUCACCCUCAGCCUACCCCUAACCCCCAGCCCUAACCCUAGCCCCAGCUCUAGCCCACUUCCCCCCAGCCCAUGUCAAAGUCCUAACCCCAGCCUCACCCCAGUCUCCUGCUCCAAGCUGAAAGGCAUCAGAGUAUCAGUGGUGGUUCAGAGUUUGGAGUUCCGGAAAACCACUCCUCCCAGUUUCAUCCAUGAACUUGUGAAGGACAUGCUGAAAGGAACGUAUGUCCACCAGAAUCAUGUGAUAGAUGUGGGUGACUAUGACACGGACAUUAAACUGAUCGUCAUCGAGAGCCUGAACCCAGAGUCCACCAUGGCUGGUUUGGUUACAUCUAAGACGGGGGUGGAAAUAACGGGGACGAGGACCCUCAGGCACUACAGAGGACAGCUACAGGAGCAGCCCCGGGUCCUACUGGGAGGACUGGACGAGGUGUCAGCGUGUCUGAGAGAGAUGUUGCGCCUGCCCCUGCAGUACCCUGCUACCCUGGGCUCCCUGGGUCUGUCCUGCCCCAGAGGAGUGCUCCUGGCUGGGCCCCCGGGGGUCGGAAAGACCCUGCUGGUCCGCUGCCUGGUGGGGGAAGUGGGGGCCAGCCUGAUCACAGUCAGAGGACCAGAGGUAGUAGGGUCUCGGCCAGGGGAGAGUGAGGAGAGGUUGCGGGCGGUGUUUGGUCGGGCGCGGGCAGCGGCAGAGGAGGGGCCGUGUGUGUUGUUCCUGGAUGAGCUGGACUCUCUCUGUCCCAGACGGACUGGAUCCUCCGCACCCGAGAACCGGCUGGUCGCUCAGCUGCUCACGCUCAUGGAUGGCAUGGACCAAUCAGAUCGCUUCCUCAUCGUAGGAGCCACCAAUCAGCCGGACAGCUUGGAUCCGGCGCUACGGAGGCCCGGGAGGUUCGACAGAGAGGUGGUUAUCGGUGCCCCUACAGCACAGCAGCGGUUGUCCAUCCUGUCAGUGCUGUGCCAGGCCAUGCCAGUGUGUGUCAGUGUGGACUGGGCAGAGCUGGCCCAGAGGACUACAGGGUAUGUGGGUGCUGACCUCAGUGCUCUCUGCCGCGAGGCUGCCAUGCUGGCUAUACGACACAACACACAGGGUUCAGGGGAGCAGGCAAUCACCAUGGAACACUUCCUGUCUGCCCUGAAGACUGUCCGUCCGUCCUGUCUGAGGGGCAGUCUGGGACGGACAGACCUCCCAGCCGUCUCCUGGGAACAGAUAGGAGGCCUGGAGGAAGUCAAACUCAAACUACAACAGAGUAUAGAGUGGCCGAUGCGUUACCCUGAGGCGUUUGUGCGUCUGGGUCUGUCCCGUCCCAGGGGGGUGUUGCUGUAUGGUCCCCCAGGCUGUGCUAAGACCACCCUGGUCAGGGCUGCAGCCACCUCCUCCCACUGCUCCUUCCUGUCAGUCAGCGGGGCUGACCUCUACUCUCCAUACGUAGGAGACUCGGAGAAGGCCCUGGCUCAGCUGUUUCGUCAGGCACGGGCCUGCGCUCCCUCCAUCCUGUUCCUGGAUGAGGUGGACUCUCUGAUUGGCUCCCGGUCAGAAGGCCACGCCCCUCAGAGUGCCCAGACCCGCCUCCUGUCUGUGCUGCUGAAUGAGCUGGACGGGGUAGGCUUUAGGACCCUGGAGAGGAGAGGAGCAGGGAAGACCCUACAAGCUGAAGGAGUGCAGGAGCGCCACCAACAGGAACAGUUGGAGUACCAGGAGGUGUGUAACAAGGAAGUGAUGAUCGUAGCGGCCACUAACAGACCAGACUCUCUGGACAGCGCCCUCCUAAGGCCUGGGAGACUGGACCAGAUCAUCUAUGUACCCCCACCUGACCUACAGGCGCGUGUGUCCAUCCUGCAGGUGUGUACAGAGAAGAUGCCUCUGGAUGAUGAUGUGUGUCUGGAGGAGCUGGCUGAGCAGACUGACCUCUACUCUGGAGCAGACCUGGAGAACCUGUGCAGAGAGGCGGCUCUAUUGACCCUCCAGGAGGAGAGUAUGGAAGCUUCUAGUAUCAAACACCGAUACUUCCUCCAGUCUUUACAGAGGAUGACUCCCUCUCUCUCGACCCAGCAACUACAGACAUACAAAAACCUCUUCAGAUGACAAACUACAGACCCACCUCAUCAUAUGAUGGCUGACAGAUGGGUCGGAUUUGGAAAGUAAAAUAAAACUUCCAUUUUGUGAACUUCCA